GGAGAUUUUAUAACAUUGAAUGAUAAGGCCUUACCUGUGAGCAAACUGCCAGAGUCCUCCAUCCAUUCUGAGGGACACAGACAACAGCACAGGGCAUCAUGAGUGUAGAAAAGAAGACGGCACAAGAGCCAUGCUGCUCCAAAUUAAAGAUGUUUUUGGCUGCCAUGGGUUUUGUGUACUUUGCCAAAGCAUUUCAGGGCAGCUACAUGAAGAGCUCUGUCACACAGAUUGAGAGACGUUUUGACAUUCCUAGCUCACUAAUUGGAUUCAUUGAUGGAAGUUUUGAAGUUGGUAAUUUGUUUGUAAUAGCUUUUGUAAGUUACUUUGGCGCUAAGCUUCAUAGACCACGACUCAUAGGAGCUGGAUGUUUAAUUAUGGCCAUGGGAUCCUUCAUAACUGCGGCACCACAUUUCUUCCAAGGACCGUACAAAUACGAGACAUCAAUUUCACAUUUCUCCGCCUCUAAUGAUACAGAGAGUAUUCUACCAUGCUUAACCAAUAGGAGUCUUACACAUGAUAAUGAAAUUCCCACAGUGGAUAUUCAAGCAGAGUGUGAGAAAGCAGCCAGCUCCUCCUUGUGGCUCUAUGUCUUUCUCGGGAACAUGCUUCGUGGGGUAGGAGAGACACCCGUCAUGCCUCUUGGGUUGUCUUAUCUGGAUGAUUUUUCGAGGGAAGAAAACACUGCUCUUUACAUGUCUCUCGUACAGACUUUGGGAAUAAUGGGGCCCGUGUUUGGAUUCAUGUUAGGAUCAUUCUGUGCCAAGCUCUAUGUGGACAUAGGAGCAGUGGACUUAGAUACCAUCACCAUCAACUACAAAGACUCACGUUGGGUUGGUGCCUGGUGGCUGGGCUUUUUGUUAACUGGUGGUGUGAUGCUACUAGCCGGAAUUCCCUUUUGGUUCUUUCCCAAGUCUCUUCCAAAGCAGGGCGAGACUGAAACGGAGAAAAAAUCAAAUGUUUUAGAGGGCGAGCAGGACCGUUUCAUUCCUGAUAACAACAAACAUAGUACUGCUCCCAACAAACCAGCUUCCAUGGCAGUUCUGGCUAAAGAUUUUCUGCCAUCACUGAAAAAACUAUUCAGCAACACGAUUUACCUGCUCCUUGUAUGCACCGCUUUUGUGCAAGUCAGUGGUUUUAUAGGAAUGAUCACAUUUAAGCCAAAGUUUAUGGAGCAAAUUUAUGGCCAGUCAGCAUCGAGGGCCAUAUUUUUGAUAGGCAUUAUGAAUCUACCAGCUGUGGCUUUGGGAAUCAUCACUGGUGGGUUUAUAAUGAAGAAGUUCAAAUUGAAUGUUCUCGGAGCAACCAAGAUCUGCAUUGGAACGUCUCUUCUGGCUUUCUCUUCGCUGCUUAUUCAGUAUUUCCUGCAAUGUGACAACUCACAAGUGGCUGGUCUUACAGUGUCAUAUCAAGGGGCUCCACGGGUGUCCUACCAGCAAAAUACACUAAUUUCUUCAUGUAAUAUGGGUUGCUCCUGCUCUCUCAAACACUGGGAUCCCAUAUGUGCCAGCAAUGGCUUGACCUAUGCCUCCCCCUGCCUCGCUGGCUGCCAGACCUCCACUGGGGAUGGCAGGGAUAUGGUAUUCCACAACUGCACCUGUAUUGGAGAGUCGCCGCUCCCAUUUGAAAACAUGUCAUCAGUGCUGGGCCAGUGCCCUCGCAAGAGUGAUUGUGACAACAUGUUUAAGUUCUACAUGGCAGUGACAGUCAUUGGUGCCUUUCUCUCGGCUUGUGGGGCCACACCAGGUUACAUUAUUCUGCUCAGAACCAUAAAUCCAGAACUAAAGUCUUUGGCUCUUGGUAUUUAUAUUUUGAUUGUUCGGACACUGGGUGGCAUUCCCCCUCCUAUUUAUUUCGGAGCCUUGAUUGACAGGACCUGUCUGAAAUGGGGCACAAAACAAUGUGGAGGGAGAGGAGCGUGUCGUAUCUAUGAUUCUGGUGCCUUCAGAAAUGCUUUCUUGGGUCUUAUUUAUGGCCUGUAUUCCUUAUCCUACGUGUUGUGGGGAAUCCUGUACAACAGACUGUCUCAUCGCGAAAAGAAGCUUGCACUAAAGAACCAAUUAAAAGCUCCAGAACAGGAUGACAAUGGUGUUUCUUCUGACAAUGGGAAUGUAUCUUCAGCUAUUGUAAAAUGCAGCGAAAAUCCAGACCAGGAGACCACUAUCUGAAGUUAUGCUUCCAGUACUUUUGGAAAGUCAAAUGUGUGUAUUGCGCCAAAAAGUGUUAUAGGAAAUAUCCAUAUCCAUGCCAAAUGUAAAGGUUUUGAUCAUGAGCUUGUGUUAAUUUGUAGAUUUAUUGAUCGGAUGCUGUUAUUUCCUGGAUCUAAUACAUAUAUUUGUAUUUGCAUUAUUUACACAUUUAAAGGACAACAUUCAAGUAGUAUCAACAUUAGAAAGUAAUAUAUUAUACUCAAAGUAAACAUGCCUAGGUAUGGAUAAUAUGGUUCAUCAGAUCAGAACAUUGUUACAUUGAUUUACUGUUAUUGUGUCAGGUCAUUAUAAGCUCACUGUUUCAUAGUUUCUUGUCAUGUCAUAAUGGUAUACAUUGAGGUAAUAUAUAUCAUCACACUUUGUAAUUUGUUUUAUGUGUAUAUAUGUUGUUUUGUAAAACCUAGUGAAUACCUGGAUGGAACUGUAUGCAACUGAAAGUAAUGGACAGGAUGUAAUGUACAUUGGAGUAUUUGGCAACAUUACUUAUGAACUGUGAUUGUGUACUUUAUAAUACUUAAAACACCGUAUGAAGUAAACAUAAAGCAAAUUAUAGAACUUUUUAUUAGUAAUAUCAGCCAAUUUGCAAGAACCCACCAUUAUUAAAAAAAAAUGUAAGCAGUAAUUUAGCUAAAUUUAUUGCAAUUAAAAUACUAAGUCUUUUAAGUAUAGAAAAA